ACGUCUACGACGCCGUGGAGAGGAUGAAAUUUUGAUAAAAAUGAGUCUUUCCGGUAUAACCUCUGUGAACCUCCGGUAUAACCUAACAACAUGAGCCUUUUUGUUGUAAAUACGUAUCAAGGGGAAGAACAGGUACAAUCAGAAACGUCGAAUCAUCUUUCUACAUUAUUACAAAAAAUUGAAGAGCGUAAAAAACGUAGAUCUGGUGCUAAGGAAAAUACAUUGGAUGUUAAAAGCAAUGGGCAAGUCGAUAUUCCGACACCUGCAAAAAAAAGGAGGAUAAAAAAUGCUUUAAGAAAAAAGAAUUCCAAUAUUACAAAUAAAAAAAUUGUGCCCACUUCCGAUCAAUUGAUAGCACCGAGUAACGAGAAGGAUGUUAGGCCUAAAGAUUCACAUAAAUUUGUAGUUUUGGGUUCUGAAUCUCAUAAAAAACAGCGAGCAGUUAAAAGGAUCCUUCCAGAUUGGUUAGCCCAUCCUGAAGUUAUAUCUACCGAUUUAAAUAGUGGGCCUGAUUUGACCGAACUAACAACGAUUUUGGAUGAUAAUUUAAUUAAAGUUCUCAAAAAGAAUGGAAUAAAAAAAUUAUUUCCAGUCCAACAUAAGGUGAUAACAUGGCUUAAUAAGAGUAAUAAGGAACGAACGAUGGGGUGGUGGCCACGCGAUGUAUGUGUCUCUGCACCAACAGGCAGUGGUAAGACUUUGGCUUACGUUCUGCCAAUUGUUCAAGCCUUGCAAACGAGAUUGGUGCAAAAGGUGCGCUGUUUAGUAGUAUUACCUGUGAAAGAGUUAGCAACGCAAGUUUACAAGGUGAUAAGUAAAUACUUAGCGCAUACUAAUUUAAAUGUCACCUUAUUAUCAGGUGUAUUAACCUUCAAACAGGAGCAGAGUAACCUUGUCAGAAAAACUGAGAAUGGGGAGUAUAUCAGCCGGGUUGACAUAGUUGUUGCAACUCCUGGACACUUAAUAGAUCAUAUCGAAAAGACUGUUGGUUUCUCAUUGGAUGCUUUAAGAUUUCUUGUUAUCGAUGAAGCAGAUCGUGCAACGGAUUGGCUGCAACAUCUGCCGCCUCAUUGUUUGCAUGCUCCGCCUCUUACUACAUCAAAUGUCUUCUCCAGUUCGUCGAUCCCAACGCAGAAAUUACUCUUCAGUGCAACCUUAUCUCAAGACCCUGAGAAGAUCAGUCGUCUAGGUCUAUUCCAGCCUAUACUGUUCACAUCGGUCAUAUCCGAUAAGGAUGAAGACGUAAACUUAGACAAGGAAGUUGGAAACUUCAUUGGACGAUACACUGUUCCAGACGAGUUAACAGAACGUGUCAUUGAAUGUUCUGCCACACACAAACCGCUUGUUCUUCUCCAUCUACUGAGUAAAAGUGACCCUUCGGAAAGAUCAUUAGUAUUCACUAAUUCUGGAAAAAUGGCCCAUCGUUUGACAAUUCUGCUUCGGUCAUUCCUGAAAGAAGAGAACAUCUCAGUGGGAGAACUAUCAGCUAAUUUCUCUCCGAAGCAGAGGGAAGCAGUUCUGAAGAGUUUUGCCGAUGGGAACAUUCAAGUGUUAGUCAGCUCCGAUGCCCUGGCUAGGGGUGUGGAUAUUCCAGGAAUUAAGCUGGUAGUUUCCUACGAUCUUCCAAAGUACAUCGAGGGGUAUAUUCACAGAGCAGGGAGAACUGGACGAGCGGGAACACCCGGAACAGCAAUUUCUGUGCUUACUCCUAAUCAAGUAGGGGCAUUCAAUAAAAUGUUAAAAAGUGCGCGCAAAACUACACCUAAAUUUGAGAAACUGGAGUUGGAAGCUCUAGCAGAAUCCAUCGAUUACGAGAAGCACUUGGAGAUGCUGAAGGACACCUUACAGAAGGAACAAUCGGAGUACUUGGAACGAAGAAAAGCGAUUAAGAGGAAACGCUAACAGAAUUUCUUAACACUAAAUGAUUGUUGCGAGAAAUAUUUCUAAGGCUCAAUGAACAAUUUCUAUGACACCGAA